CCCUGAUAUUGGCAGCAAUGUUAGGUUUGUAUCAAAUUUAAAUAUAAGUAGGCGGGCAGAUUUAAAAAAUAGAAAAUUCUAGAAGUAGCCAUCUUGUAGUGUAAGUAGUGUAUUACUAAUAGUUACCACUUAAUUUCUUAUAUAGAUAAAAUAAGUAAAUACUGGUAAGAUGGAUAAUUCCUCCAAAAAAGCAUUAAACCUUUUAAGUACGUUAAAAGCUGCGGUUGACGAAAAUAAUGUUAAAAAAUGGGCAGCCAAGUCAGCUUCUCAGCGCUAUAAGCAAGAAAUUGAAAAAUUAAAUACACAAAUGGAUGCGAUUAUUAAAGUAGAUAACAAAAUUAUCGAACAUAGACUUAAAGAACUUACAUUGCAGAGAGAAACUUUGGAACACGUUACUAGAACGCUAAAGCAGUCUCUACAUAUUAACACAGAUUCGUUAACUCUCCUUAAAGCUCAUCAGGCAUGCGUAAAUGAUAAAUUAAAAAUGCGAAAAGAACGAGGUAACAAAAUAUUGGAUGACCACAUGAAACAUUAUGAAAGAUGUAAAGAAAAAUUGGCCAGAACUAAUCCAACUUAUAAAAUAUUAGCGGAAAAGAAGGCCCAUUUGAAAAGAAUUCAAUUUAAUAUUAAAAACUUUGAAAACGAAUUAAAUGAAAUCGAAUGGCGAAAGAACUAUAAAUUUAACAUUCGUCAGAAACUCUUUUAUGAGGAUUAUAUCUCAUUAGCUACAGCCUGGUUGAACAAGAGAGACUAUGAUGAAGGUGUUAAAAAAAUUGAAGAAAACGGAAACACAUUAAAACAAUUAUUGAAGGACCUUAUGGAACUAAUUGUAAAGACUAAAGAAAAGAAAAAGAUUAAUAUGAAUAAAAAAACGGUCCAAAAUAAACAGGCCACAAAUAAUGCAUUGCAAAAAUUAAUGUUUUCGAACCCAUCUCCAUCUAAAAAUGUCCUUUCUCAAAGAAACUUUCCUAGACCUCCUGCAUAUUUCCUAAAUUAUGGUCUUGUCCAACAAAAUAAUUCGUUUGCUCCCCCUAAACCGUCGUUUAAUACGAGUAUUAUUAAAAACAAGCAGUCGUGCGCAUCUAAGUCGUCUGAGAAAAUCAAAAUAUUGGAAGAUAAACUUAUUUCUGUCACUAAAAAAGAUUCCGUUACAUCAGAAAUCGAUACGAUGACUAAAGAAGAAAAAAAACAAGCCGUACAAGCUAAAAUGCAAAAAUGUAUUGAAAAUAUUAAGGCAAGGAGAUCUUUUCGAAGAAAAAGUAGCCAAAAUUUGCAUGUAGAAAAAAAAGAAGAAGUACUCGAGAACAAAAACGAAGCCGAGAGAGUAAUUAAAAAGAUACCAUCCCAACCCUCAAACGAAAUGACCCAAAAUGAUCAACCCGAAAGUGGAGCAUUUCAAGAAUUGGAAAAUUUGAAUGUUUCAAGCCAAGAGGCAAAUAUCAUGAAUAUGUUUUCGCAAGAAUCUGGUAAAAAUGUUGAAACUAACUUGAACAAUACAUUUAAAUACGAUCCAGAGCCGAAAGAAACGGUCAAUGAAAAAAAUAAUUUCGAAAAACAGACUGAGACUUACGAUAAUAGUAGUCAAGGAAAAGUUACAUCCUCUAUUAAGGAUGCUAAAACGAAUGUGGAAGAAUCAUUGGCAAGGAAGAUGAAUUUUCCUGGAACACCAGGACCAGUCAAUUUUCCCGACAAAUUAAGCGGACUUAGAAAUGAAAUGAAUCUAAAAAAUCAACAAUUAAAAGAUUUUAAUGAAAAGACUUCAAAUAACAAGACACCCAAUAAAACGGUUCCUAGCGAUUAUUUUAAGGCGCCGAAUGAAAAAUUUGGUAGAACUGCUACAGGCCCCAAAACUGCAAUUCAAGAAAACAAUUUGAAUGUCCAAAAUGAGAAAAAUUCUGCAAGUAACAAUUUCAACGAGAAUCUGUCGUUUGGCAACAAUAUACAAAAAUCAAUUGAAAAUCAGAAUUUUCAAAUGAAUAUGCCGUUUUCCAUGAGACAGAGCUCCAAAACUGCUAUUCAAGAAAAUAAGUUUAAUGUUCAAAAUGAGAAAAAUUCUACGAUUAACAAUUUUAAUGAGUAUCCAACAUUUGGCAACAAUGCGCAAAUAUUAACUGAAAAUCAGAAUUUUCAAAUGAAUAUGCCGUUUUCCAUAGGAGGGAGUACAAGUGGCUAUAAAACACAAUCUGACUCAUGCGCCUUUGAUGAAAGCGUUACAUUCAAAAAACCAAAACUCGAUAAUCGACCAGAGUAUAAUAAAACUGAUUUGGACAAACAGGGUACUUCAAUGAUUAAGAACAAUAUCGGAAGCCAAAAUACUGAAAACAUGACAAAACCGAACGAUAUUCCAUACAGUUUUGGAAAUAUCACACAAUUUAUGGAUACUUCCAUUGGGGAAUUAGGUGAAUUGAAUUCUUCAUACGAUGUUAUUUCACCUGAUUUUAAUUCAAGUUUAAUGAAAACUUCAGACCAGUCUCAAAAUCCUGGGAUGGGAGGACUCUCAUUUUUAGGAACUGGUUUCGAAUUCGGUCAACCUACCGAUGCUUUCACUUUUAAUUUUAAUUGA